ACGUUCCUGGUUGCAUGAGAAAAGGCAAUGUUGUUUAUUUGUUGUGCUGGGGCUUUCUUGUACUGCCACGUGUAUUGCAGCGUAGAAUAAAUUGCCUGUGGUAGGAAGGCAGCAGUAAAUUGCAGUCAACUCUCGAUACAUCUGGGGUGCUAGAGGCAGCAUAAUAAAAUCGAGAACACAUUUUUCUUGCGUUUAACAAUUUUCAGUAACAAUGGAAAAAUUUAUCUGUUUUGGAAUUUUAAUUACUGUUUCUUGCAUGUCAUUAACCGAAGGACGGCUUGGCCUACGAAGACGUUCACUUUUCGAUGAUCCAUUCUUUUUGAGACCCUGGACAACAUUUGACAUGAUGACGAAAGAUUUCGCUGACCACUUCACAAGUGAUCCGUUUUUCAACGACGACGAUUUCGAAAACUUCUUUGACCAGCCAGUCCUAAAGCCUAGUUCACAGUCUUGCAAGAAAGCUGAAAAACAUGAAACCCAAGAAAGCAGCUGCAAGAAAGCUACAAAGACCGAAGAAAAGGACCUCGCUAUUCCACAGUUAGCUGCUCGUGUUGUCAAAAACGACGACAAACAGUUUAAUUUUGCCAUGAAUUUAAAGGGUUUUGAAAGAAAUGAAGUUUCAGUUAAGGUCAAGGAUGAUUUCUUAAAAAUUUCUGGAAAGAAAGGCUGCAAGGACGAAAACAAAAGAUGUUCUGAGAGGAGCUUUUUCAGGUACCAAUAUCUGCUUCCAAAACAUUCAGACUUGACCAAGGUAAAAGCUAGUUUCUCGAAAGACGGGUAUCUUAUUGUUGACGUCCCUAAACUACAAAAACUAACAGAUGAAAGUGGAGGUUUAAAAAUUGAAGAACUUGACGAAGAAUACGUUACAAAGUUAAAAGAAGAUGCAACUAAAGAAGAAAUAAAGAAGGACCAGGUCAAAACUGAAGAUGAUGAUGACGUCACAGUGGAAGCUAUCCCACCAAAUGAAUCAUAGCAAACGUUUUCAGUUGCUUAGUUUCUUAAAGUGCAAAGCUGAAUUAUCGCUUUGUAAGAAUGUCUUUACAGGAUUGAAUACAGAAGUACAAGUAACUAUGAACAUAAUGAACAUAAAAAUUCUUUGGUUAAUAAUGUAAGUUCACUGUAGCUUGACAAGAGGCACCCAUUACGAAUAUUCUUUUAAAAAGAAAUACAGUAAGUUUGUUUUGUUUAGUAACAUCUCCGCUAAACAUGGGCUCCAAAAGUGGGGAUGGGUGUAAGGGAAAUUUAACACCUAUAACAAAAGUUUUUGUGAAAAGUUCUAUUGUUUUGCAAGAAGUGGGAGGCCAUGUCCCCCCCCCCCCCUUCCUCGGACGCCCUGUUAAAUUCUUAAAUGAGUAUGAUUUCUUUGUAACUGAAAAUGAAUUAGGUAUAUCGUCAUGAUUUGAAUUAGCAUGGGGAGGGGCAUUUUCAGUACAGAGUCUUUCAAAAAAGCAUUUUCAUUGUGAAUCAAGAAACUGGUUUAGAAUGAAAAUGAUAAUUUUUAUUUCCCAUUAUUUGUGGUAAUAGCAGAAAACUCUUAGAUUAUAUAUGUUAGUUCAUGUGAAUGCCCUACUUGCAGAAAUAACAUUGCAAUUGCUAAAAGGGAGGGCGUAUUAGAGAGGGGUCUGGAUCGAAAUUAGGGGUUAAAAUCGCGCGACGGUAGGCAAAAUUGGAACAAAAAUGUCCGCACCGGUGUGAUACUAAAAUCUGCCUGGCAACAAACUCUGCGUGGGCCCACUCCAAAUGUCUUUUUGCA